ACCUCGUGCCCGCCCAGCCCAGUCCCCUCUGGUCAGCAUCUUCGCAGAAGCGUUCUUUAACCCCUCCCCACGCUUUCAUGACCCAUCGGAGACGCCGUAGUCCUUGCUUUGACUGUUGAGGCGGCCCAGGCGGAAGUGACGAUGCUGGAGCUGCGGCAUUCAAACUGCAGGAAGCGGGCCUGGGCUGGGGCCGGCCGGGGCUGCCGCCGCCGCGGGCUGGUGCGGUCCGGUCGGGUCCCGUCCCCUUCCCCUUCAGGAGUGGGAAGCCCCGCGCUGCCCCGGCUCGGGCACAGCUCCGUCGGAGGUCACGCCCUGCCCGGUGAAGGCGCUGCCGUGCCGUAACGCUGCGUGUGUUUCUUACAGGUGCUCGAAGAUGAACUCCAAGACAGCCAGAGAGAUAAUUACUGGCAAGUGGGGCUUAAAGUCGGGCGGCCCCAGAGCCGAGAACGGCCUCGAGAAGCACAAGCAGGAGAGCGCAGCCCUGGGGAAACCAGCGGAGGAGGUGGCGAAAGGGAAGAGCGAAAUGGCCGAUGCGGAGAGGAGCGGGCUCCUAGAGAGAAUACUUUCCCUUGAAAAAGAAAAAGAAAAACACAACCAUCUUCUUGGAGAGAAGGACAAAGAAAUCCAAAACCUGAAAGACAAGCUUAGAUCCAAAAAGAAGAAUAGUGAAGUCUCCUUGUUACAAAGUCAACUAGAGGAAAAAACAAAGGAAGCAGAAAGGAGAGAACAGUUACUUCGUUCUCUAUCGGAAGAAAUGAACCGGUUAAAAUGUAAUUUAUCUGCUGUUACUGAAAAAUGCUCUGAGCUUGAAAACAGAACUGGUACUUCUCAGGCAUCCCAGGAAGCUGUAACAAACAGCACUGGAUCACAAACUUGCCUUUAUGAAGUUGAAAACCAACUGAAAGAUGCUCUUGAGAAGAACCAACAGUGGCUACUAUAUGACCAGCAACGUGAAGCAUAUGUCAGGGGGCUACUUGGAAGGAUUUUUGAACUUGAACAGAAGUCAAAAAUAGUGAGCCAACAAGAAUCUAAAGGAUGCAGUUCAGAAGGUCAUCUAGAAGAAGAAAAGCAAAAAUAUUAUGACCAGCUGUUACUAACUACUAAGAGUGAACUUGAGACUGAAAGACACACUGUAACUCAGCUGAGAUCUGAACUUAACGAAUUCAAAAAGAAGUAUGAAGAAACACAACACGAAAUAACGAGUUUAAAUGCCUUAUUGCAGUCCCAAUGGGUUGCUGAAAUGAAGACUCUAGAAAAUGAAAAUAAAAUGAAAGAGGAAGAAGUGCAGAGACUAAUACAAGUAAAUGAAACUCUUAAAGGACAGCUUAAAGAAGGAAUGAAAAAGUCUGAAAGUCUUUUAUGUCAGGUGCAACUUCUUCGUAAAUCAUUGCUUGAACAGCAGGAAGAACGCACUAAAAUAGCUUUGUUGGAACAACAGAUCCAGAUAUGCACCACCGACUUUGAGAAUGAAAAGCUUCAUCGCCAGAACUUACAGGGUCAGUUAAAUGAAGUCCUUAAGGAACUGCGCAAGGCCAGGGAGCAAAUAACCCGCCUGGAACCUCUGAAACUCCAGGAAUCUGGACGUAUGGAGCCACAAGAAGAUUUGCAAGCUGCAUUUGAAGAGAAGCUGACCACGUAUAACAGAAGUCCUUCCCUGAAACAUUCCAGCCUUCUUGACGAAAGCUUUCUCGAGUGUCCCAGAUGUAAAAUGCAGUAUCCAACGAGCCAGCAUAGAGAAUUACUAGCACACAUUGACUUUUGUACAGCUUGAGCUCCAAAUGAACUUAGUACAUUUGCUUUAUACACUGCCAGUAUGCUCUUCUACAAAGACAAAAGACCUUUUUAAAGCUUUUUUUUCUUAUGGUUGUAUAAAGGACUACUAGUUUUAUAAUUCAGUUCCACAAAAACAUUAUAGUAAUUUAUUUAGCCUCAAAUAUUUUACCUGACAUUUUUGCAAAAAAAAAAAGCUACUGCAUUUUUGUUUGCGAAUGGAAAUAUUUUUUAGAAUUAGGAAUAUCUUGAAAUAGUAAACUACUGACUUUUUUUUUUUUUUUUGCACUAUUAAAAAUGGGAACAGUUAAAGCACACCUGUUGUCAGACUUUAUUUUAGUAUUUGGCAUAUCCAGUUCUUGGUGAAUCCUGAUGAUUGUACUUGUACCUUAACUGACAGUAUUAGCUGCAAAAGACUUUUGGCUCUAGUAGGUGCACUAUACAUACUCACCAUGUGUAUAUAAAUAUAUAUAUGUAUAGCAUGUAUAGUGCAUAUAUAUGCAUAUUAUAUAUUUAUCACAUACAUGUGUAAUGUAUCACCAUCUUGAUACAUUAAAACUCAGGAGGGUUAUGUUAGGAGGCUCUUUGCUGCUUAAGAUUCAUGUUGAAAACAUCAAGCAUAAGUAGCUUGUUUUCCUGAGCCACAGUCAGGGAUGACUUGGAGCUCAUACGAAAAUGCUGGCCAAGGUUUAAGCUCUUCUCAAAAAAAUGUCAUUAGGAAAACAAACUUCCUAGCAAAUACAAACUUCCUUGGUACUGAAAAGUUCACAUUUCAGACUCUGUCAGAGACAAUUUUUGAAGUUUAGAUAUAGAAUUAUGCUGAAGUAAACUUGUUUGCACUUCUGUAUUUUAGAGGUUAAAGUUGGGAAAUGUCAGUUAUUCAAUCUGUUAUAUUUAACAGAUGUCCCAGUUUAAAAGUGCAGUUUUUAGUAAAGUGCUCUAGCAGAUAUGAAGCAUCACUGUAUUUUGGUAUUAAUACAGAAAACAAGUUAGGAAUAAAUUGCCAUAAAUUAGAAACUGGCAAAAAAUUCCCUUACGGAUUUGCAAUCACAGCAUUAUUUUCCUCUAGCCCCUGCUCUAAACCUGGAUCUGUUGCUAGUAUUUUGCUCCUUGUACCUGUAGUUAAGUCCAACAAGCAGUUCCUUCCCCAGAAAUUAUUAAAGUGAAGAAAUUCUACAAAGAUACACUAGUUAAGAUAAAUUUGCUGCUUUUACAAGUUUAUGGGUAGCUGAGGACAGUAAAAUACCCAUGGUCUAUCUUCUGUUGUAUACUGGUUCUGAUUGCUAGUACCAGCUUUUUCCAUUGCACUUUGCUGUAAAACUGCAUGCAUCUGGCCCAUAAUGUUCACCCUAAUUUGGUGGUUAAGCAUUAUUCUUAAAUAUGAGGGUGUUCCCCAAGUUGUUUUCAAUAACUAUUAUAAUAUCAAGUGAUGUUAUCAGUUAAAUGCAGUGUUUACAAGACAAAGAAAAUUAUAGAAGCUGUUAUCUUCAUAUCUGAAAUAUCUUUGCCAAAUCUAUUGUAUUAGCCACUGUCUAUCGGCUUUUCAAUUUCACUGA